AUGAAGUUUGCCCAUUCUUUGAAGUUCAAUGCUGUUCCUGAAUGGUAUUACUUGAGAUAUUCCUCAUUAAAGAAAACAAUAUACGAAUUGCAACAAGACCAAAUCGCUUAUAACGGUAACCAGGAUCAAGGGUUUAUUGUUGGAAAAGACACCACAACAGUGACUGAGUUGGUUGACAAAUUUGAAGCCAACUAUACACCAUCGUCCAAUGGCAGCAGUAGCAGUGAUGGUAAUGACGACUCUAUUGCCAAGAGCACGAGUGGUGAUAACGACAUCGAUGCCAAGACGAAUUCCAAGGACGGAAUGAAGAAUCGGUUAGCUAAGAAACUCAACAUGUUGCAAAAACUCAGAAAGAAUACGCCUAUUUCUGAUAGUGGUAAUAGCAGCAGUGCCAGCGACAUUGAAUUAAAUCAUAUUGAUCUCGAACGAAAUGACAAGGAUGGUGAGAAAGUUGGUGGGUUGGAUGAUGCACAAUCUUAUGCAGCUGAGGUUGUGAGCUUAUCCAAUGGUACUUCGUCCUUCAAUAAUCUUGACAAUGUAAUUAAUCGUUUUAUCAACGACCCUAACGAGUCCUUUGCCAAUCCAAACUCAUUGGAAUUUGAUCCAUUGCACGUAUUUGCCAAGCAAUUGUUGAUUGAAUUGUCCAAAAUCAAUGAUUUUUACAAAGGUAUCGAAAAGGACAUUUUUGAUCAGUAUAACCAAUUGAACAGUGAAAGUGAGAAACUUCGUAUCAAGAAUGCUUUGGAAUCUGAACCAGAAAUACCAACCCAUAGCAGCAGCACGGACAACCACCAUAACACUCACCACCACCACCACCACCAUCAUCAUCACCACCACGACGACGACGACGAUGAGCAAGAUCAUCUUCAGCAUGAUUUGGAAAAGCAAAGUACUGUAAAUGUCCAUAUCGUACACGAUGACUCGGAUGACGAGGAAGACGAGGUUGACAAGCACAGCUAUUCCGACUCAGUAUUACUCGAUGAAGCUCACUUCAACGAAAACCACAAAUAUUCAGUCACCAGAAAAAAACAAUGCUUGGCCAUGUACAUUCGGUUAUCUGAGUUGAAGUCCUAUAUUGAAUUAAAUCGAGUUGGAUUUGGUAAAAUUUGCAAAAAAUUUGAUAAAGUUUGUGGGUACUCCAUAACUCAAGACUUUUGUCAACAUUUUUUACCAUUGCAUUCGUUUGUAUUCCAGCCACAGGCAGUUGAAUCUAUCGAUACCAAGCUUGAUCAAGUUGUGCGAAUUUAUGCAUUCUCCUUGGGAAAAUUACACACUCAUUCAACCAAACAUGACUUGGAGCCAAUCAAAAAUGAAUUGAGAUCUCAUUUGCGGGAUCAUAUUGUGUUUGAAAGAAAUACCGUUUGGAAAGAUUUGUUAUCAUUGGAAAAACAGUCAUACAAUUUGGACUUGGAUGAAAAUGCAGUACAAAGCAGCAAAAUUGGCGAAGAAGGGAACAUCGCUAACUCAUUGAUGAAGAUGAAGAUGGAGGAUAUUGAUCUUCCAAAAUUUCUUGGUGGGAAAACUAUUGCAGUACCCGCAUUCAUAUUUACCAAACAAGUUUUGAAAAUUAUCAUCACAGUAGUGACGUUUGCCAUAUUGAUGUCAGUAAAGACGCUCAAUGAUCCAGUUCAAGGAAGAAGUUUGGCCGUGCUUGUCGCUUGUGCCAUGUUGUGGGCUUCAGAAGCUAUUCCAUUACAUACCACCGCCAUGUUCAUUCCGUUACUCGUUGUUACUUGCAAAAUCUGCAAGGUUAGUGGAUCGGAUGAGCCCAUGAAGGCCCUGGAUGCAGCGCUGUACAUUUUCAGUACAAUGUGGAACUCCACUAUUAUGAUCUUGCUCGGUGGAUUCACGCUUGCUGCUGCAUUAUCGAAAUAUAACUUGGCCAAAAUUUUUUCAUCCUGGAUCUUGGCUGCUGCCGGUACCAAACCAAGAAACAUCAUUCUUGCCAAUAUGAUUAUAUCAAUGGUCCUUUCAAUAUUUUUGUCAAAUACCGCUGCUCCUGUAAUUGCGUUGAGUUUAGUCAAACCAAUGCUCAAGAGCAUUCCAUCGGACCACCCAUUUACCAAAGCUUUAAUCUUGGGUAUUGCUUUUGCUUCCAAUUGUAGUGGUAUGCUGUCGCCAAUCAGUUCGCCACAAAAUGUCAUUGCAUUACAAGAAAUGACUCCCAACCCUGGUUGGCAGAUGCUUGAAGUAAGUUUGCCAACUACAAUUGUUGCUGUUUUUUUCAUUUGGUUGUUGCUCAUUUCAACAUUCAAAAUCAGUAGUCUCAAAGUGGCCAAGAUAGCACCAAUCAGAGAAAGAUUGACAGUAAAACAGUACUUUGUCCUUGCAAUUGCAGUUGUCACCAUCCUCUUGUGGUGUGUCAUUGAAAAGAUUGAAGUCAAUUGGGGUUCGAGUGGUGUAGUGACAUGUUUUGCCUAUGUCAUGUUCUUUGCCACGGGUCUACUUACAGUUGAUGACUUGAACAAUUACCCGUGGUCGAUUAUUGUAUUGGCAAUGGGAGGUAUUGCCUUGGGUAAGGCAAUUGGCUCAUCUGGUCUUUUGUCAACAAUUGCAAUUGCGUUACAAAAACGCAUCAUGGAUUACAGUGCUUAUGUCAUUUUGCUCAUUUUUGGAAUCAUUGUGCUCGUGUUUGCCACGUUUGUGUCUCAUACAGUUGCUGCAUUGAUUAUUGUUCCAUUGGUGAAGGAAGUUGGUGACUCUUUGCCAAAACCUCAUCCAAAUUUGUUGAUUUUGGGCACUGCAUUGAUUGCAUCUUGUGCCAUGGCAUUGCCUACUUCUGGGUUCCCUAAUGUGACUGCAAUCGGUAUGAGAGAUGAAUUGGGAAGGCCAUAUCUUACUGUUAAUGAGUUUAUUUCAAGGGGUGUGCCAGCAUCUAUCAUUGCAUAUUUGUGUGUGAUUACCAUUGGCUAUGGAGUCAUGUCCUCCAUCGGUUACUAG